AACGUGGUCAUACCACUGGGUAUUGUUGAUUUAUAGAAAUAAUGGGUACUUAUGUACUACAUAUAGUAUGCGCGCCCGUGGAGAUGUUACCUGACAAUGUCCGUUACAGUGGCACGCCCAGUACUACUGAACUCACCCCUCUACAGAAUUCAGUAGAACUGGAGUACAAUGGAUAUCAAGGUGAUACUAAAGAUGGUGCUGACACCAGCAAAGGUGCCACUAAAGAGCAAGUAACAAAAUACCUCAACGAACUAUUCUCUCUAGUCCAGGGACUAGGUGGCACUGCAGUGGUCCGGACAUAUAUAGACCAGCUGGCACAGGUACUCAGUGCACUAGUUGGGUGGAGUAGGAUAGUGAAGUGUACCGGUGGUGACAGUGGUGGCUGCAAAGGCACUGAUAAGUGCACUGGCAAUAAUGGUGGCAGUGGCGGUGGCAGUGGCGGAGGCAAAGGCUGCGAGUACCUAAAGGAUAUAGAGCCGGAGAACAAGUGUGACACAUGUGGGUGUAUAAAAUGGACACAGUCCAAGCCGGGCACCGAAGGAGUACCACUGGGCAGGAGGUGUACAAGGUGUAGUGGUAGUAGAGAUGGGUGUAUGUGUAGUGGUGAACAGGAUUGCACUCCUGACAAGUGUCAAUGCGCUUUGAAUGGCAAAUGCUGCAAGUGUUGUUGUAAGAGUGAGCAUUGUAAGGAGAAGUGUCAGAAGAAUAGUUGGGGUGGAGAGAAGGAAUGUAUAUGUACCAACAAGGAAGACAGCUAUCGAUCAGCUUAUCCUAGUGAAUCAUAUGAAAAACGAGUGUCAUUCCUUGUAGCCAACAGGAUAGAUGUCAAUCCAUAUUGGAGAAAUGUUACCAGUAGUAGAAAUCGUCACCAAUGUGCCCAAAUCCUCCUGGGCUCAGUAUGUCUCAUCUGGAGUGGAAUUACUUAUAUGUAUUGGACUGGUAAAUGGCACGGUACUAGCCCUCGGUGGAACAAUCACAUCCUGGAUGGCAGUGGUCUAGAUGAUGGUACACUAUCCCAAUGGCUUCAGGCCUUAGGGUUUCCUAAGGAAAUGUUGAAUGACGCUGGUCCUGGAAAUAGGUUGGAUGCAGUUAUAUGGGAUGGGCUUAGUGAUAAGUUGCUUCUAGGGUUCAAAGUGCCUAGUGGUAGUACUGCCAAGGACCAUGAUGAUAAUACAGCCAGAAAACCAGCUGGUAUGAACUAUGCCGGUUUGGUACACACUAUACAUAGGGAUUCAUUCAACAAUGAUGGUGCUAUUGUAUUCCCUCAAAAUGGCACUGGAUCAAGUACUACUGACACUAACCAGCACAAAAACGGUGCCAUCUUCAAGCUCUACAUUCUAUCAUGUGCCUAUUUCACCGGAUUGCAGAAAAGGAAUAGUGAGAGUACUACUCACAGUACCCCUAGGAAUCCGAAGACCAUCCGGGAGAUCCUAUACUGGCUAAGUGCAUUGCCCUAUAGUGAGGCCUAUAAGGAGAUGCUGAAGCACGGCAAGGAAAGACUAGAAAAGGUACUCAAGAAACCCGGAGAAACUGACUCUACCAAUGGAGAGACACAAUUGAAAUUUAUUCAAACGGAUCGUCCAGCUCCCAUUACAGUGGAUGAAUUCAACCUGUUUGCCCACUUCCAAGCAGUGACCCAGUACUGCCCAUUGGUGCUCAUAGGUAUCCAGGGUGGUAUUCACAGCACUGACAAAACACUAGAACCUGCCAUCCACUCCCUAUAUGCCAACACUGAAUGCCAAUUCACCUAUCCCACUGUGUCCAUCCAAGCAUACAACCAGGUAGUUCACUACAUUAGGGCUCUGUUCUACCAACUAUACUUCCUUAGGAAGCAAUGUGCAGUUAAAGUGACUUGUGGAGGCAAAUGGAGAGAGUGUAGGUAUGGGGAUGGAGUGCUUGGGAAGGAUGUAGUUAGCUGGAUGUGCCUGGGGUGUGACCCCAUGGAGCAUGAUAGGGGAAGUAGGGUGGGGAAGGUAAAGGGGGUGUUGGAUGGGGUGAAGGGAGGUGGUGAUGCAGGCAAGCUAAAGGAUGUACUGGAGAAGAUUGGCGAGGUAGUGGUGCAAUUGGGUAAUGCUCAGGAGGCAUUGGAAAGGAGGAAGGGGGAGGAGAUCAAGGGAGUACAGAAGAAACUACAGGAGGCUAAGAAGGGACUGGAGGAGGCUAGGAAGGAACUAGAAACGGGGGAGGAUCUAGACGAGGAUGAUCUAAAGGAGGCUAAGGAGGCACUAGGGGAGCUGACGAAUGGUGGUGGUGGAGCACUACAUACACUAGCGAAUGGUAGUAAUACUGCUGGGUCAUUACAUCAGGUAGCAACUGCUGGCGCUGAUUGGCAGAAGGAGUACAGUAGCGCCAAGGACAAGAUAAGUGAGGUUAUCCAUAAGAUACAGGAAGUAUUGACUGCACUACAAACGGAAGUUCCACAGGUGAGCAGCCAUCUGAAUGGUCACAAAGAUGAGUUCACUAAGGCCAUCGAACAGCUCAUCUCCAUCUGCAACACUGCCAAGUGCCUGACAUGUAUGGACCACUCUAGCAAGUGUGGCCAAGAAGGAAAACCAUACAGAUGUACCGUCUGUGAUAGUAUGGCUUACAGUGGUGUCCCCUCCCCCCUCCAGGCCUUCCUCGAGGAUAGGUUACCAGGCUUUAGUUGUAGUGCAGUGGUGAACCAAGACGAGAACCCAGACUAUCCCUCUGCUGCAUCCCACCUAGGACACUGCAGUGGCUCAGGUCAAUGCUGCCCACUGCCAAUGGGUUUCAGAGGGCACUUUCAUGGUAGCAGCACCAGUGAUUGUACCGGCCACCGUCUUUAUGGCAUCCUCUACUUCUUCAGUAACGGGGACAUGAUGCAGUCGUGUGUCUAUACACUAGUGAGGGUCACAGCAGCACUCAGUGCUACGACACCACAGGUAUUGGGUGAUGUAUUCGGGUUCUUUAGGGGUGGUGUAGGAAAUAAGGAAAGUGGAAAGAACAAGAACGGGCAGGAUGGGAUAACGUGCCAGCACCAAGGUGAUCCGUCUAAGAAACAAGAUAGUGAAUACUUUUGCGGCUGGUGUGCCUCUGGGUUAAGGGAAGAGGUAAAAGGUAUCCAGUGGAUUCCAAAGAAGGAAGAAGAUGGAGGACAGUAUAGAGGCACAGUAGGACAAGCACUGAUACAGAUUAAAGGAGAGAAGAAUAGUCUCAAAGCUUCUACUAACCUCUCAACACUCACUACGCCAUACCUCUCCCCCCUAACCGGUGAACUCUAUACAGCAGUGAGUGCCACAUUCGGAGGAACAUACCUCUCAUGGGUACUGUACCUAUCAGAUUCCCUUCAAUGGGGACUCAAGUCACUUGCUACUGAGUUCAAGCAAAUUGAAUGCCGUGGCUGUAGAGAGUGCGACCCCAAUAAGUGCAAAAAAGGAAGUCAUGGAAGCACUGCAGAGGGCUCUAAGGGCACAGCACUAUGCCAGUGCCAAUCAAUCGUAUCAUGUACCGGGGUACUACCGGUGUUGUAUAGACAUGGCUUCAGCUACGGUAACCCAUUCAAUCUGGAGGGGUACCGGCAGGAGAAGAAGGGCGAGGGGGAUUAUAGUAUUAUGGACAAUAGGCAAAAAGGUACUAAGAAGUGUCAUCAAUUCUUGGACAGUCUCAAUGGAGUAAUUGACAAGAACAGGCAGGGCACUACUCAGAAGCAAGACCAACACCCCCUGACAGAGCUCUUAAAGCAAGUCGGCAAGCUCCAAUACGACAUACGGCUCCCCUGGAUCUUUGUCCUCACGUUAGCCUGGCUAAUAGCGGUACUCUACCUCGCCUUUGGUGCCAUAUGGCCACUGGACUGGACUCAUAUGAGGUCACACUGGUUACGGGGUGGAGAACACCAGUGGGAAGCAAUGUGGUAUAAGGUGAUGACGGGACGCAAAGGAAUGGAACUGGUGGAGUAUUUUGGGAGGAUGUCAUUGAGAACAGUUUCAUGGUAAACAUAGAGGCUGAGGUUUAUUAA